GCUCUCGCCUGACUCCUCCCCCGAGUUCGAUGCGCUCGUCUCUCGGCUCUGCUCAGGCUUGUCAGUGCGGGCGAGAGCGCUGCUAAACAUGGCGUCGGACGGGAUGAUUUUAACCAACCACGACCACCAAAUCCGAGUUGGAAUAUUGACAGUGAGUGACAGCUGCUUCAGAAACCUUGCUGAGGACCGCAGUGGAAUCAACCUCAAAGAUCUUGUCCAUGACCCGUCCUUGCUCGGAGGCAUAAUCUCUGCAUACAAAAUUGUCCCUGAUGAAAUUGAGGAGAUCAAGGAGACGCUGGUGGACUGGUGCGAUGAGAAGGAGCUCAACUUGAUCCUGACCACUGGUGGAACAGGUUUUGCACCCCGUGAUGUCACGCCUGAGGCCACCAGAGAAGUGAUCGAGCGUGAAGCUCCGGGGAUGGCUCUAGCAAUGCUCAUGGGCUCCCUAGAUGUCACGCCACUCGGCAUGCUGUCCAGACCUGUUUGUGGAAUCAGGGGCAAAACCCUCAUCAUUAAUUUACCUGGGAGCAAGAAGGGCUCACAGGAGUGCUUUCAGUUCAUCCUGCCUGCUCUGCCGCAUGCCAUAGACCUGCUGCGGGAUGCCAUAGUAAAGGUAAAGGAGGUACAUGAUGCUCUAGAGGACCUGCCGUCCCCUCCACCGCCCCUCUCCCCUCCACACACCUCCAGCCCCCACAAGCAGACAGAAGACAAGGGUGUGCAGUGUGAGGAAGAGGAUGAGGAGAAGAAGGACAGUGGCGUGGCGUCCACAGAGGACAGCGGCUCCUCUCACAUCACAGCAGCUGCUAUUGCUGCUAAGAGCAUGAAGUCUCAUCCCAGCCAUGCUGUUGUCAUUGCGAGAGGUGGACAGCCCUUGAGUGGCUUCAUCCCGUCCACCUCCAUUCCCUCCCAUUUCACCUGCUCCUGCAGUGAUACGAUACCAGAGUCCAUCAUCUCACGAGGCGUGCAGGUUUUGCCGCGGGACACCGGCUCUCUCAGCACCACGCCCUCGGAGUCUCCUUGUGCUCAGCAGUCCCGCCUCUCCACUGCCUCCUGCCCCACCCCCAAAGCCCGGCUCACCUCCUGUUCAUCCACUUGUAGUGUCACAGAGGCCUCACGGAGAGAGUUCAGGGCUCACCUGGAUGAGGUCAUCACGCUCAAGUCAAGGUACUCUACCUUGGACCAGCUCCACUCUAGGCUGGAGGGGCUCAAAGAUGAUCGCAGGAACCAUAGGACCUUCGACUCGCGAGUGCAGUCACGAUGCAGCAGCAAGGAGAACAUCCUGAGAGCAAGUCACAGUGCAGUGGAUAUCACCAAGGUAGCUAGGAGACACCGCAUGUCCCCAUUUCCCCUCACUUCUAUGGACAAGGCCUUCAUCACUGUGCUGGAGAUGACUCCUGUCCUGGGUACAGAAAUCAUCAACUACAGAGGGCCCAAUGCAGGUGACUUGGCCCCUCCAGCACGAAAAGGCAUCUGGCGCCAGAGUGGCUCAAGUUGGCGGAAACUUCCUCUCUGCACUGGCGCCGAAGCAAAGGCAGAGAGGAGAGCCCUGGCCAGUGCCACCCACACCCCCAAAGUAUAA